AUGAGCCUGGGCCUGUGUGUGUCUGAUGUGUGUGGUGUUGUGGUGCUGUGUGUGGUGCUGUAUGCGGUGCUGUGGUGUAUAGUGUGUGGUGCUGUGUGUCUGGUGUGUGGUGUUGUGGUGCUGUGUGUCUGGUGUGUGGUGCUGUGUGUGGAGUGUGGUGUUGUGGUGCUGUGUGUGGAGUGUGGUGUUGUGGUGCUGUGUCUGGUGUGUGGUGUUGUGGUGCUGUGUCUGGUGUGUGGUGUUGUGGUGCUGUGUCUGGUGUGUGGUGUUGUGGUGCUGUGUGUGGAGUGUGGUGUUGUGGUGCUGUGUGUGGAGUGUGGUGUUGUGGUGCUGUGUGUGGAGUGUGGUGUUGUGGUGCUGUGUCUGGUGUGUGGUGUUGUGGUGCUGUGUGUGGAGUGCGGUGCUGAAGGCGGAGGUGGUCUGUGGUCAGGGCACAUUCCAGUCCAGCUGUGGAGCCUGCAGCGUGCACUGUUGUGUUGUGUCUGGCUCUGUCCAGCGAGCCUCAUGUACAGGGGCCCGGGGCCAAAGGGGGGAGGAGGGGGAGGGAGGGGGGUGAGGGCGGGGGGGGUGUCUCCUGUCUCAGUCUGCUGA